CAAUAAUUGGUAGUUGGACACGUCCAGCUCACUUCGCGUAGGGAACCCUAGAAUUCCAUUUGCUUUUCCGCUUGUUCGAGCUCCACCCUCUUCGCUGUCUCGAGCUUGCUAGCAACAUUUGUCCAGUCGGCGCACACGUUGGAAGCCCGCUUCGCUGGGCCCCGACCAGUCUCGAUAAAUUUCCCCGUUUGUAGUUCGCCAGCGUAGCCGCACCAGAUCUGGCGCUAGCGCAUAUCAGCCUGGCAUACUCUGGUCUCCAACCCCCAGCUAAGGCAGUUGGCAUUCGCGCUCCGGCCCGAGCUCGGGUGCCCAGACCGGGCCCGAGAUGUCGCUGACGCUCAGCGAGACGCUCGAGGCCCCGCUCUUGCGGGUGCCCUUCGAGAGCCUCAAGCGUGCGGCCAAGGACCGCAAGGCACUAAUUGAUGAGCUGUCCGACCACCUGGCGUCGCUCAAGCACCCGCAGCAGAGCAGGCCCAGCGAGCCCAAGGGUCCCGGCUCCUCGAGCCAACCGCCCGCCGACCCUUCCGGGGACACGGAAAUGGAGGACGCCGCGGCGGGGGAGGGCGUCAGCGGCCGUGAGGCGUCCAUUGAGCGACUGCGGCUGCUGCUGUCACAGCUGCAGGGCGUCAAGCGCAAGCUGGGCGAGGUGUCCCGCACCGAGGCCGACGACUGCGCCCGCUGCAAAGCCCGACUGGACUACCUCGCAGCCACCGCGCCCACAGCAGCCGCAGCCGCAGCCGCAGCCGGCGGCACGCCCGCCACCGCCGCCGCCGUACGCGAUGCGUCCGCUGACUCUGGCGCCGCCUCGCCGGCGCCGCCAGGCGCCGGCGGCGGCGCAGCCGCGGCCGGGGCCGCAGGCCCCGGCCCCGGCUCCGCCGCGGCAGCGGCGGCAGCCGCCGCCGCAGGCGGCGGAGCCGCCGGGGGCGGCGGCGGCCUGAUCUCGUGGACUCGUCAGCGGCUGGACGUGAUCCUGGUGGACCACCUGCUGCGCAGUGGCUACCACGACAGCGCGGCCAAGCUGGCGGCGGCGGCGGGCAUCCAGCUGUUGACGGACGGGCACAUAUUCGAGGGCGCGCGGCGGGUGCUGGCGGCGCUGCUGGAGGACCACGACUGCGGCCCGGCGCUGGCCUGGUGCGCUGAUAACCGCUCCCGCCUGGCUAAGUCCAAGUCGGGCCUGGAGUUCAAACUGCGGCUGCAGCAGUUUAUUGAGCUGGUGCGCGCGGGGCCGGCGCAGCGCGCCGCCGCCAUCGCGCACGCGCGCGCGCACCUGGCGCCCUGGGUCACCGGCACCGCCGCCACCGCCCCACAGCAGCAGCAGCAGCACCUGCUGGAGCUGCAGCGGGCGGUGGCGACAUUGGCGUUCCCGGCGGCGGCGCGGGAGCGGGUGCCGGCCUACCGGGCCCUGUUCCAGGAGAGCGCCUGGCACGGCCUGGCGGACCUGUUUAUGCGCGACCUGUACCGCCUGCACUCGCUCACGCCCGAGAGCCUGCUCACCGUGUACCUGCAGGCUGGUCUGUCUGCGCUCAAGACGCCCGCCAGCGGCGCCCCCGGCGGCAGUCGCGACGACCCGCUGCGGCUGCCGCCCUUCCAGCGGCUGGCGGCGCACCUGCCGCUGGCCAAGCACAUGCACUCCAAACUGGUGUGUGCGGUGACCAAGGAGCUCAUGUCUGACGCCAACCCGCCGCUGCUGCUGCCCAACGGCCUGGUCUACAGCACCCGCGGCAUUGAGCUGCUGCUGGCGCAGGGCGUGCCGGGAGGCGGCAGUAGCAGCGGGGGCGGAGGAGGCGGCGGCAGUAGCGCACAGGAGGAGCGCGGGCGCACGCCGACGCCGCCGGGGGGCCUGGGGGGAGGCAGCAGGACGCCGGCGCCGGAGGGUCGGGGGGCGGGUGGUGGUGGGGGUGGCGGGGCGGUGGGCGUGUGCCCCAUGACGGGUCAGGUGUUCCGGCGGGACGAGUUGAGGCGCCUAUACAUCGCGUGAGGGGCGCGGGCAGGAGGCGGGGGGCCGGGCGAGUACAUGUGUGUGUGUAUGCGUGUGGCGAUUGAAGUACGGAGGAGGAGUGGGCUGGACGCAGGGGUGGUGGUGCAGAAGUGGUGGAGGGCAGGUGGAAUUGGCAGAGCAAGCAGCAUGUGCGCGAAUAGCAUUAGAAGCACCAGAAGCGGCAGCAGCAGCAGCAGGAGGAGGACGAAACGGAGGAUGAAGUGUCGGUCGAGGCGCAGCAAUGCAGGCCGAGGCGCUUUGUAGCCGUCGCGUAUGUGUGCUGGAUGCGGGGCAGGGGCUGGGCAGUGGUGUUUGCAGCGGCGGCGGAUUGCAGCCCCGGAGAGGCUUAAGCAUGCUGGUCGGGCGUGAGGUUCCAAGCGCUGUUGUAAUGCACUUUGUUG